AUGUGCCUCACUCAUCUCGCUUCUGCGGCCUCGACUGAUGGCUUGACUGUCAAUACCACCAGUGGUCAAUUGCAAGGAUUUGUCAACCAGACUGCCCCUGAUGUCCGUCAAUUCCUCGGCAUACCAUAUGCCCAACCCCCAGUUGGACCUCUACGAUUUGCUCCACCGCAAGAUCCUGUCUCGAGCCAACAGCUCAUCAACGCCACCACCCUUCCGAAUUCCUGCAUGCAGCAGUUCUCGAAUGGCUCAACCAUCUAUACCGCUUAUGAGCGUGAGUUCUUGAUCAGUGGAGGACAAUCGGAAGACUGUCUCUACCUUUCCAUCUGGACUCCCUCGUUGAAAGGCAUUGAUGCAAAAGGCUCGCCUCUUCCUGUCUUCCUCUACAUCCCUGGUGGCGGUUUCACAAGUGGAGGUCAGAACUCGAUGUACAAGAUUCCGGACAAGUGGGUUCAGAGAACGCAAUCGCACAUUGUGGUCAUCAUGAACUAUCGAGUAAACGUUUUCGGCUUCCCAAACGCGGCGGCUUUGUCUCACCAGAAUCCUGGACUGCUUGAUCAACGCAAGGCUGUAGAAUGGACCUCCAAGAACAUCGCUCAGUUCGGUGGUGACCCCGACAGAAUCACGCUCUGGGGCCAGUCUGCUGGUGGUGCAAGUGUUGCCAACUACCCUUAUGCCUUUGCGGACGAUCCGAUUGUUGCUAGCCUCAUUGCGGACUCAGGUGCUACUGGAAUCAUCGCCAAGUCUGACCCAACGCACUCCAACUUCACAUCUCUGGCCGGACUUGUUGGUUGCAGCAACUUGAAUGCAUCGGCCGAGCUUGCCUGUGUUCGCAACGUCAAUGCCACGACGUUGGAAAGUGCACUGUCAAACUAUGUCAUUAGCAAAGAGACGCCUGCGAUCUCUUUCACGCCUUCGGACGACAACAUUACAGUAUUUACCAACUACACAGAUCGCCUUGUUCAUGGUCACCUUGCUCAGCUGCCACUCAUCACCGGCUCAAACACGAACGAAGGCGCAGGUUUCGUGCCCUUCACACCAUCUGGCCCUGGCAACGCGACUCUUGUCAACACGACUCUCUCCAUCAUCGCUUGUCCAGUAGCCCGAGACGUAGCCCGUCGCGACCUGGACUCAACAAAAUACCCUACCUAUCGUUACCUCUACACCGGAAACUUCAGCAACAUCUCUCCGGUUUCUUGGUUCGGUGCCUUCCACAGUGCAGAGCUGCCUCUGUUGUUCGGCACCCAUGACGAAUAUGGCCCUGGCAACUCGACCAGCUUCGAAUACUCUGUCAGCCAGACAAUGGAGGCUUUGUGGUUAAGCUUUGCAGAGAAUCCUGCUGCCGGUCCGAAGAGGUUCAACACUUCCGAUGGUGGAUAUUUCGCUUGGCCUCAGUUCAAACAAAAUGCGAGUGAUCUUGUUGUGUUUCCUGAAGGAGGCAAGACUUUGCAACUGGCGACCGCUGGUCCAAGGGUGGACGACUUCUGUGGCCUUUAA